AUGUCCAAGCGCCAGAGAGAAGAUGCGGACUCUGGUCUGCCCCCUACGAAAAGGGGUCGUGAUGCUGUGAUCUCCCCGCUCGACCCGCUGUCUUCAUUAAGCGAUGAGCUUCUGCUUCAUAUCUUGUCAUUCCUACCGAUCUCUUCAUUGAAUGUGUGCCAGAGACUAUCCCGUCGGUUCCACGCUCUUGGAGGAGACUCCGAACUCUGGAAAAGGCAGUACUACUCGCAGUGGGUUCGCCCUCGAGCCCGUCGCUUAGCCAAUGUGACUCGCUCAGCACCGCCCCCCAAAACAGAUUACACGCCAAAAGUCUCGACAUGGCUCGAUCACAGUCACUUGGCCGAGGAAGGGAAGGCCACAAAUUGGAAAGGACAAUACCGUCUUCGGCACAAUUGGUCCACAGGAGUCUGUCGAGUGACCGAAGUCGAGUUGCCUCAGCCUCCAUCCCCUCCAGUCCUGGUAGAGCUUUGUGCUGGUGUUGUCUUCACGGCUGACACGUCGCAUGGGCUUCGGGCAUGGGGUGCAAAAGAUCCAACCAGCUGUCUGGCAGAGAUUCCACUCUCAAAUCAACCAAAGAUGGCUACUGUUCGACCAACCGCCUUGGCGGUGAGCCAGCUAGAUAAUGAACAAGAAAUCGUGGUGGGUUUCGAUGAUGGCCGUUUCAACCGCUAUAUUUUCGAUAUUCAAACAUCCCGACUAGGGCUUCAAUCCGCUCACGUCGGUUUCAAGGAUGGAGCCAUCACUGCCAUGGCUUUAUCUUCGCCAUACCUCUUGAUGGUCUCCCAAUACAAGAGUUUGUCGUUAUAUAAUCUGCGGGCUCUAUCUCAGGAGUCUGAAAAUGCUGGCGAGGCCAAGUACCCGCGGAAACUAGCAUCCCUCAAUGCAGCCAACAUGGUGGCGCCUAUGACCCUUUCUCUCCGCCCAUCAAGUCUUGAAAUUGUCGCCACAAUUGUGUAUAGUUUCUUUCGUAUUGGCUGUGGGUGGUCCUUGGGUAUCCAAGAGUUGCGAUUCAGCAAAGACGGCCAACAACUGGAAUCUCGGCUUGCCAGUACGGUCGAUUCACAAUACGGGAUUGUUCCAUUGCGAGGCUGGUCGUCCUCACGUAUACGCCGGCAUUCUAUUGGGAUUGAAGACAUUGAAGGCCCAAGUUCCGCAGCCCCGGCGACGCCGUCAAUUGCGCAUCAGCAGCCGCCAACAUCUAUGUCCUACUCCCAUCCAUAUCUGCUGACUUCGCAUGCGGACAACACCUUGACCAUGUACCUAGUGGUGUCGGACUCUCGCAGCCUCUUCGUUCGCGGCGGUCAGCGCCUUUGGGGUCAUACGUCUUCGGUGUCUGCCGUCCAAGUGACCAACCGAGGGAAGGCGGUUUCUGUGAGUUCUCGCGGUGAUGAGAUUCGCAUCUGGGAACUUGAAACCGCGGUGCGCUCUCUCGGCAGCCGCCGGCCACUGCGAGAGGAGAAUAGCAUCCAGGUCAGUCCGGAGAACAAAAGCCAAGAAGACUCGGGGUUGGGGGUCGCGCCUCGAGGUCUCCGACGGGGAGUGAGCGACUCCGGCCUUGCUACCGGUGCGCCCAGGGAUCUGUCUCUCAUACACGGAUGCGUUGGAUUUGAUGAAGAGCGCGUGCUUUUGCUCCGCGAGAAGACAGUGGGUACACAGCUACUGGAAUGUUACGACUUCACGUAG